CCAAUUGUUCGACAGCUCCAAAACACGGAGGUAGGUAGCUUCUGCAGAGAAAAGUCUGAGUGCCAGUCCAGGGCUCGCGACUCGCCAGAGCCAUGACCGUUCGAAGAUCAGUCUGAACGGUUGCACGAUGGUUAUCUUGAAGACAAGCCAGAGACAGCACGUGGCCCAGAUGAGACCCCACGCUCCCCUAUCACACGUUCGGAGAACAUUCACUCAUUACUAGCGUUCACCCGCACCUUCUCUUUGCCUUUAUAUAGUCACAGUUCUGUUUCCUAGACACCCCGACACCGCCCGACUACCCGUGUUUUGUCCUCUACCUCCACAGCCCCACGUAAACAUGGCACACUCAACCCCUAGAUACGACUCAUACCGCCCCGACGGCCAAACCAGCCGCCUGAACACCGAUCUACGAAGAGGCGGUGCCUGGACGCCAGGCCUCUCGACCGCGUCUCACGCCCAAACCAACAGCCGCACAGUCCGACACGACACCCCUACCAUCCCCCAGAGCAUAGAAGUCAACGAAGACGACCGCCCCAAAGUACCCCAGAUAUACCAUCGCGAGAUCGACCGUCUGAUCGGACGCACCGUCCGCGCCUACCGCCUCGUCAUCAACUACCAGCGCGAUUGCUCUGGCGGCCACCGCUGGAUGCCCGAGCAUAUCGAAAUGAUCCAUGAAGCAGGUAAGAAGAUUCAGACUGAUAGGGAGGCGCUGGAAAGCCUGCGCUUGGGCCUGGUACGUGGGGAUGACGCUGCUGUGGUUGGUCAGGUCCGUGAUGCUGCGCACGCGCUUCGCGAUUACUGUGAGGAGAUCCAAGAGCUGGUUCAGGUUCACGAACGAGUGCCUGUGUUCAAUGGUAAGAAAUUGGAAUGGUGCGGACAAGGUCGCUCUGUGAGGAUGCAGUUCCGAGAUGCUCUCGGGGAAAGGCGCGACAUGGGGGGUAUUCAACGGGUCGGCGGUCAUGUGCGGCACGAGCCCCCUGUGAAACAGCUUGACGCUAGCCCUCGCACUCAGCCGGAUAGGUAUGAUGGUAGUGGACGAAGGGGCUUCUUCGCUUCCGACACAUGGCGACCGACCUGAGCAUAGCUGAGCCUGUUUCAUGCUGCGACCUUCCACAUUCCUCAAAGUAGACCAAGUACACCGAAUGCUGGGGUCUUCACAGACACCCAGACAUAGGAGCGACGAUAGAUCUCCUGCAGUGGGAGUUGUCGUAAUUAUAUCAGCUACAUGCCGCAGGCAACAGCUGUUCUUCAUCUCCAUCAUCUCUAUGAUUUGUACCCCGAUCACGCAUUCCUUUACUCUAUGAAGACAAGUUCCUGUAGGGUCUGGCUGUGGGAGAAUGACUAUAAUCUUCGCUGCCUAACCUUAGCAUUCUAUAUAGGUCUGGAAUGUUUUGUUUUUAUAUAGACUCUGUCCUGAAAUUCGCCAUGUUACAUUCCUUUAGGACUACAUUCCUUUAGGAAGGUAAAGCUAUCAUAGGACGGGUUAAUCGGUGUUGCUAUCCUUCACACGUG